AUGGGAGACUUUGGGGAAGUCAUGGUGGCUUUGUAUUUUUUGUUCUGUGCAGAUAUUGCCCGAGGUAGUUUGAAGGACAAUAAGGAGUACACUACUUUCUCAGUACCACUAAAUGGUUGGAUCAAUUGUCCAAUCAAUGGCGGUCGCAGUGGUGAUGAUGGUGACAACGGUGACGACAUGAUGACUAAAAAUAAAUAUUGCCAGGUCCAUUUCAGUGCCAUCUAA